AUGGCGGCUUAUCCUUGGUAUACAAGGCUUACAGAUGUUGCGCACAGACUCACGGUUGUUGGACUUGUCGGUUUCACUGGAUACAUGACGCUCAACGUGGGCUGGAUGAUCUAUCAGAACGGUAAGGAGAACGAGAGGAGGUUGCUUAGACAGAAGGAGCUCGAGCAGGAGCAGGCGCAAGCGCAAGUGCAAUAA